AUGAUAGACAAAAAUCAAACCUGUACAGGACAGGACUCUAUGCCCUAUUUGAGUUGUCUGAUUCACAUAUUUGAAGGAUGGUUUGGUGUGGAACAAUUGGAGGACUAUUUGAAUUUUGCAAACUAUCUCGUAUGGGUUUUUACACCACUAAUACUUUUAAUACUUCCUUACUUUACUAUUUUUCUUCUCUACCUUACUAUUAUUUUCUUACACAUUUAUAAGAGGAAGAAUGUAUUAAAAGAAGCCUAUUCUCAUAAUUUAUGGGAUGGCGCAAGGAAGACAGUAGCAACUCUGUGGGAUGGACAUGCAGCAGUUUGGCAUGGUUAUGAAGUUCAUGGAAUGGAAAAAAUACCAGAAGGACCAGCACUUAUUAUUUUUUAUCAUGGAGCUAUUCCCAUAGAUUUUUAUUACUUCAUGGCUAAAAUUUUUAUCCAAAAAGGCAGAACUUGCCGAGUAGUAGCUGAUCACUUUGUCUUUAAAAUUCCAGGGUUUAGUUUAUUACUUGAUGUGUUUUGUGCUCUACAUGGACCAAGAGAAAAAUGUGUUGAAAUUCUGAGGAGUGGGCACUUGUUAGCUAUUUCACCAGGUGGAGUUCGAGAAGCCCUAAUUAGUGAUGAAACCUACAACAUCAUAUGGGGUAAUCGUAAAGGCUUCGCUCAGGUUGCAAUUGAUGCAAAAGUGCCCAUUAUUCCUAUGUUUACACAAAAUAUUCGUGAAGGAUUUAGAUCACUUGGAGGAACAAGAUUAUUUAGGUGGCUUUAUGAAAAAUUCCGCUAUCCCUUUGCUCCAAUAUAUGGAGGUUUUCCAGUGAAGUUUCGUACCUACUUAGGUGAUCCCAUUCCAUACGAUCCGAAGUUAACAGCAGAAGAAUUAGCCGAAAAGACAAAGAAUGCUGUUCAAGCUUUGAUUGAUAAGCACCAAAGAAUACCGGGAAACAUUAUGAGUGCUUUGUUAGAACGUUUUCAUAAAGGUCAAAACAGCCACUAG